AUGCCUGGAUUAGUUCCUCGUGUCAGUGGAUCUUUAAGGAGUGGUUUGUCUCUUCAGUCAUACAUUGAAAGAGUCGCUCAACCAACGCCAGUACCCUGUAUUGCCGGAUUAAUGGAAAAACUUGACCGGGCGGAAGCACGUGACUUGAUUUUGUGCACACUUCAUUUGUUGCACUUCUUGCCACGUAAGAUUCUCACAGCGAUAAUAUCGCAUUUUGAAUCGAAUGGCUUAGUGCUUAAUUUUAUUUCGCUGCUUCGUGUUGCCCUGGAUUUCUUCAAAUAUCAUGGAAAGUCAUACACAAUGCAAGCAACAUCGAAUAAAGUACGCGGCACACGUAGAACCCUCGUGAUUUUACCGCAUUCAAAUUCAUGCGCCGGAGCACUGAGUGUUAAUUCAGCAACGGCAAGCAGCCAUGCAUCUACGUCAAGUGGCUUUGGUUCUUUUGGAGCAGCUACAGACCCUGUUGAUGUAAUUUUUUCACAGUGUUGCAUAGCCGCAGUUUUUAUCAAAUUUUAUAAAUUGCUUGUUGUGUUAGCAAUGAUAAAAAAUAUCAAUGCUGCAGAACCAGGAUCGAUGAGGCAAUACAGUGAAGGUGAUAUGGAAGAUGCAGGAGCGCCAUUCAGUUUCCGCGACUAUUUUUACCAAAGCGGUCCUCUGGAUGGCCUGGCUCUUCUCAUCGAAUCGCUUCUUGUGCAGAUGAACAGUCGA